AUGGGCCUCCCUGCCCUGUUAGGACCCCGAGCUCCGCAGCGCGCGGCCGCGGGGGGCAGGACGCCCGUGACGCCGGAGCGCGCGCGGGAGCUGCGAGCACGCCGGGCCCAGGUCCCGAGCACUGGGCGCCGCCGGCCGGCUACGGGGAAGCGGUCGCAAGGCAUGGUUGCCACAGCAACGCGGACAGGCGCGCAGCGAUUGGCGGAGCCUCCGAGGGGGCCAGGCUCGGAAGGCGUCUCGCGAGAGCUCGGCCUCGAGGACUUCCGGCCGGCGAGGGCCGACGAGGCGGGGCUUCCGGCCCGGGCCCAGUGGCUUUUGGUGGCGGGCGGUUGUGGCAUGUUGGCGCUCGCGUGUGCGUUGCCGUCCUCCAGGCACGAGGCUGCAGGCGGGAGCAGCCCCGGGCCGGCCCCAGACGGCCGCCAGAAGCGCGGGGCAGGCGGCCGUUCCAAAGUCAGGGGCUCCAGGGCUGUGUCAGCAACGGGCCAUGCUGGCACUGUGCUGGCAUGGAGCAUUGUGGCCGGGAAGGGACAUCUGGUCUUUAACCCCCAUGGCCAGGACAUCUGUGGCCCCACGGAACUUGGUGGCAAGGAGAGUCGUGCCAAGGCCAGUGGGCUCUUGAGCCUGCAGAUGGUGGAGGACAGGCACGGCCCCCCUUGUCCGUGCUGUGCCGUGCCGGCGGGCGGAGGCAUCGAGCCUGCUCUGCAGAAGCGGGAGCUAAAGACGGGGCAGAGGGAGAAGCUGGAGGGGCUGCUUCAUUUUACAGCCUUCAAGUGGUCAAAUGGCUCCUUCUCUGUCUUCUUCUUCCUGUCCCGCCCUCUAGACACCAGCAAUGAAAAUGGCCUCGAGGCUGCUCUGAGGGCAGAGGGCAGCGCCAAGCACGGGGGCUUCACCGGUGGCCCCAAAGUGAAACCGAAAUGGAGCCUGGUCAUGUGGCAGCAGGCGAGAUCUGCAGCUGGGCAGACGCGGUUGCCAGCAGCCCCCGCCGGAGGCAUGGAGUGUCCUUCGUGCCAGCAUGUCUGCAAAGAGGAAGCCCCCAAGUUCUGCAGCCAGUGCGGACACAGACUACCUCCUCCUGUGGCCCCCGUGGCAGAUCCCGGGCGCAGUGAUGCUGCAGCGGCCCCGGAGGGCGGCUUGGAGUGUGGGGAGGAGGCGAAGGAGGAAGGGAGCUCUUGUCUGUCCCCAGGCUCAGGUGAUUGUCCAGAAAGCCCAGAUGAGCCCUGUUCCGAAGCCCCUUGGACUGUCCAGCAGACUGGCAAGCCCAGAAACUGGCAAGCUCAGAACUGGAUGAUCCGAGGCCAGGAAAGGUUCGCACAGAUGUGGAAGGCCGUGACCGCAGGGCUCUACCGACGCCUGCCGAGAAAUAGCGCCGACCACAUGCUCACAUUGCGAUGGGCGGAGGUGGAAGACAGCAGUUCAGAAACGCAGAGACUCUUGGGCAGCCAGCGUGGGGACGUGCUCUACCCGACACUGGAGGAGAGCGCCUGCCGACCGCCCUGGGAGGCGUGGUUUUAUCCAUCAGACGGUGGAGUUCUGUGUGAGGCCGAGACCAAGGACGAGGCGGCCGUUGCUGGGGAGAACGCUGCUGAGAAGGAGCGCGGGCAGGGGGGAGGCCCGAAGGAGCCAGAAGGGAACAGCAGAGGCUGUGCCGCGGCUGCGAAGAGCGAGAAGGAGCACAGCCACCAGAGCGCCGCCCCGCAGGAAGUCACGGCCAGCCCGCCGAGCCCCGGAGAAGGCGUCACGGUGUACUUCCACGCCAUCCUCUCCAAAGACUUUGAUUUCAACCCCGACCGCCAUACGUUGUUUGUCCGCGGGGGAGGGGAGCUUGGGCAGCCGGAAUGGAGCAGGCGCGUCUGCGAGCUGCACUGCACCAGGCACCUGCCCGAGGAGGGCUGGCUGGUCGAGGGCAGCGCCGUCAUUUCCAGGCGGCACCUGGACACACCCAUCCCUUACAAGUACGUCGUUGGGCACGACAAGGGCUCUGGGGAGUACGAGUUCAUCUACAAGGUCCCACAGAGGCAGGGCGAGCAAGUCAACCGCUGCCUGUGCAUAAAAUCUUCACUCCUGGGCGCAGGAGAGUGGCAUCAGUACGAUGACAUAAUUUGUAUGAGGCCUCUUGAGAUGUUCCAGGGAGUCCUAGACCACGUAACAGAAGAGAGGAGGAGGUCGCUGGUGAAAGGGAAGCAGCGGGCCGCCACCGUGAUGCUGGACAGCAUCUUCAGUGUCCUCCAGACCUGGGAUGCCAUCAACUUAAACAGCUUCUUCACCCAGUUCCAGCAGUUUUACUCUGUCGUCCGAGCGCCCAUGAUCUACGAAGGACGUGCACAGCCCUGGAGCGAUUUGCGCUAUGGAGAGAAAGAGGUGAAGAAGGACUUGUGGGAGUAUUUGAAAAAGCAAAUGGACCCAUUUCUGGACGGGUCGGGGGACUCUCUGCCUGACGGCCGCCCGGUGAGGAGCAAACUGAGAAUGGGCCUGGUCGUGCUUUUCUCGGUGGAAAAGUUCGGCUUGCCCAUGUCAGAAGAUGACCUGGACUUGCUGUGUCGCAUGCUUGUCCCGGACUCCAGCUCACCGCACGACCUUCACGACGACCUCAGCCACAUCCUUAGGACAGCUCAGAGGUAUUGUUAAUUUUUUUGUCAAGAGGUUUUACAGCCACUCGUAGGGAUUUUAUCUGAUUGCAAAACACGUGCUGGACAGAAUGGCUGGAAGCCCAGUGAGGAAGAAACAAAACCGCCCCGGAUUUUACCACUCGCUGUUGCCAUUUCAGUGUUUAUUGCUCUAGCCUUUUCCUAGCACAUGUAUCAUUUUAAACUUUAUUAGAUUCCACAUGCUGUUGAAUACCUGCUUUUCAGAAGCUCCG